AUGUUAAAACCCUCCACCGACUCCCCAAAUCCGGAUGCAGAUGAUGAGGUCAUUUCAUUCCCUCUGUCGCAACCAGACCCUCUUCCUCGGCGACAAAACCAGGAUUCGUCUACCUCAGCCCAGCGUAGACGACGGUCUGCUGCAUGCUGCACUGCGCCGUACGCUUUGAACGGCCACCAACAGGCGUUUAAUAGACUUCAGUGUACAAAUGCGAAUGCAGCGAAGCGGCAACAGCAUGCGCCUCCUACACUUUCUGUGUUACCUUUGGAAUGCUGCCUGGAUACGAGUUGCGAGGAGGAAGCCCCUACAGCAGAGGAGGCAGAAAGAGCAGUCACGGAGCUCGCAGAUGCCGCUACAGCGUCAGCAUCUCUUUUUGCCGCUGAAGCGAAAGCAGUUGACCCCACCUAUGCAGCAAAACCCACAGCCUUCUUAUAUAAAGGGCACACGGCCCAGAUCGCGACAUCCACAGCAGGGAUGUACGGCGAAAUGAUAGAGAGCUUUAUCAAGCAGGUGGUCGCAUAUGCGAAGCAGUAUGGAGCAGAUGAGUUUAGCGUUUUCUGCGACUUGGGCAGUGGACGGGGAGCACCUAGCGCCAUCGCGGCGUACGAGCACGACUGGUUAGCCUGCCUUGGGAUUGAAAAGUGCCCCCAAGCCUUUGGGCUAUCCCUGGAAACUCAGCGGCGUCUUCUUCUGCGAGAGGCCUCCGAGCGGCUUCGGUCUAGGGGAACGCAUAUCGAUUCCAGUAAUCCUUUAGAAGAGGCCACGCGGAUUUCCAACGACGAUAUAAUGGAGCUGUUUGAGGCGCGGCCGAAACGUGCAGUGGCCUUCUCGCAUGAUGACCUGUCGGCUUUUGUGGACUUAGAGGGGGUGACACACGGCUACUCCUUCGAUGCGGCCAUGGAGGGGCCUCUCAUUAACCACAUAACUCAGAUGUUCAUGAAUACGGAGACGUGGUGGUUUUACCUCUCCUUCCGAAACGAUUUGAUUUCUCGCUUUGAUUUAAGAGGAGCGGAGCUAAAACAUCAGAUCAGCAGCAACAUGUGGGUCUCCUUUGAGGGGCGAACAGCCUACAUUUACGUCAAAACAGACUGGAAAGAGAGGCAGCAGCAUCAUCGACGGUGGCUGCGAGAGAGGCUCCUGGGCCCCCAACUGCAGCAGCAGGCCAAGCAGCAGCAGCUGCUGCAACACGUACGCCUACAGCAACAGCUUGUGCUACAUCAGCUACAGCGGGAAGAGAAACUGAUUUCGUCGAGUUGUGCCAAAUUCGCUCAUACUGCUGCGACAGAAUCUAGUCAGAGGACGCCAAGAAGCAGUAGACGUAAGUCAAUGUCCCCCAUGGGAACGCCACGCUCCCGCAGUGCUAGCAGAAGACGUCAGAGUACAGCAGGGGACAACUUACAGCAGAGGCAGCAGGAUAUGGUGUUGUUCCACCUGGCGUCAAGACGACAGCAGUUGCGUGUCCUCGACGAGUUCGACUCCGAGCACUCAAUUUGGGAAGGCCUCCAGCAGCAACACCAGGGAGAGGCAGUUGCGGCUAGCGACAGAGCUCUACUAGAGCAGUUGCAGGCUUUCCGCAGCACGCAUCUGCGCCUUUCGAAGUGGCAUCAGCCACAAACUGCGAAGAGUUUACUCCUGGUGGCUUUACUACCAUUUGAAGGCCAGAAUCAGUGGCUACAGCUGCAGCAGCAGCUAUUGCAGUCUGCCUCCGGCGUAUUGACUAGGGCACAGCGGCUCCUGCUGCUGGGAUACGACGAAGGUCAGAAGAGAGAGGAGGAGCUGCUGAGAGAUCAGUGGCUAGAACAACUCGCAACACUAGCAGCACCCGAAGAAGCAGACGCUUUAAGAAGCGAUAUAAUCACGCGGCUUACUAAACAGCGCACAGAGGAUAUGUCUCUCUUCACCUUUCUACCACCUGAUAGCAAUCCUUGCGCCCGUGUACAUAAUGCUGAGUCUUUGCUUAAUGGUUCAUCUCUCCGCCUCGGCUUCCGCCACAGCCUCAAGGAAUUGCAAGAGAAGCAAUCUCCCAUGCGCUGGCCUUUGAGCCGCGCGUCGUGCACCCCUACGGCUUCAAGAGAACCUUCUCCUGUGGGCCAGGCACCAUCCGCUGAAUUUUUAAAGGCAUGUGAUACACCUUCGCAGAAGCAAUCGCUGAAGCAGCGACGCCAAUCUCCAGUACGGCAGGCAGCUAGGAGGAGGACUAACAGCCAGACGAUGUCCCCGGUGUCUUCCCGGCGACGCUGCUCAGCCAUUGUAGCAUCGGCUGCCCUUGCUGCUGCAGAUGCAGCUGCAAGAUCUUCACCCGUAAAGCAAAAGGGAGGCGCAUUUAGUAAUGUAGGUACACCCACUACCCGCCGGGCAGUUCAGCGGGUGGAAAGCGAUCUCUGCGGUCUCACCGUUAGUGGAAAGGACAUCGCGUGUGACCCACACAGUGCACCCGUGUCUCAGAAUUCUGCAUAG